AUGGCCACGCUCCGAGCUUCAAGGCUACGGCCCUUGUCGUCAGCAUUGCGACCGGCCAUGUCAUCACAGACGCCAUGCGCAGCCAACCUCUCUCGAAUAGCAGUCAGGCACAAGUCGGGACCCUACGGCUACACCCAGGCCAAGGCCCUCGUCUUCUCCAAAGAGGGCGACCCUUCUGACGUUCUCUCCCUCCACACACACUCCAUCUCGCCCUCGCUGCCUGCGGGCUCUGUCCUCCUGCGUGCCCUGGCGGCGCCCAUCAACCCGGCCGACAUCAACACGAUCCAGGGCACGUACGGCGCCAAGCCGCCCUUCACAACCCUCAUCGGCACCGCCGAGCCGUCGGCCAUCCCCGGCAACGAGGGCGUCUUCGAGGUCGCGGCCUGCGGGUCGCCGAACAUGGACCUGAAGCGCGGCGACUGGGUCCUGCCCUUUGCCCCCUCCUUCGGCACGUGGCAGACGCACACCAUCGCCGACGCCGCCGCCGUGCACAAGAUUGACAAGACGGGCCUGACGCCCGUCCAGGCCGCCACGGUCCUCGUCAACCCCAGCACGGCCUACCGCAUCUUGCGGUCCUACGGCCCCGGCGAGGGCGUGCGGCCCGACGGCCUCGGCGCCAUGACGCCCCUGGCCCCCGGCAGCGGCGCCUGGUUCAUCCAGAACGGCGCCAACUCGGGCGUCGGCCGCGCCGCCAUCCAGCUCGGCCGCCUCUGGGGCCUGCGCAGCAUCAACGUCGUGCGCGACCGCGCGACGCCCGCCGCGACGGCCGCCCUGCGCGCCGAGCUCGAGGCCCUCGGCGCCGACGUCGUCGUGCCCGAGUCGGAGUUCCUGGCCCGCGGCUGGCGCGACCGCCUCGCCGACCUGACGCGCGGCGGCCGCGACCCCGUCGGCCUCGCCCUCAACUGCGUCGGCGGCAAGAGCGCCACGGCCCUCGCGCGCUCGCUCGCCGAGGCCGGCACCCUCGUCUCCUACGGCGGCAUGGCGCGCCAGCCCGUCGCCCUGCCGACCGGCCUGCUCAUCUUCCAGGACCUGCGCUUCGUCGGCUUCUGGCUGAGCAGGUGGAACGACCGCGACGUCCAGGGCCGCCGCUUCGCCGUCGAGGACCUGCUCGGCAUGAUCCGUGAGGGCCGCUUCAAGGACGUGCCCGUCGACGAGGUCCCCUGGAGCUGGGACACCAAGGAGGACGCCCUCAAGGACGCCGUCGCCGGCACGCUGUCUGGCUACAGGAAGGGCAAGGGCGUUUUCGUCUUUGGCGAGACGUAG